AUGCCUUCCGAACUCUGCCCCGUCUAUUCGCCCUUCUUUGGUGUCAUGGGCUGCACCGUUUCCAUCGUCUUCACCUGCCUGGGUGCCUCCUAUGGUACCGCGAAGUCCGGUGUCGGUAUCUCGGCUAUGGGUGUUCUGCGCCCUGACCUGAUCGUCAAGAACAUUGUUCCCGUCAUUAUGGCUGGUAUCAUUGCCAUCUACGGUCUCGUUGUGUCCGUGCUUAUUUCCGACGGCCUCAGCCAAUCGAUGUCCCUUUAUGCUGGUUUCAUCCAGUUCGGUGCUGGUCUUUCUGUCGGUCUCGCUGGUCUUGCUGCUGGCUUCGCCAUCGGUAUUGUCGGUGAUGCUGGUGUCCGAGGAACUGCGCAACAGCCUCGUCUCUUCGUUGGCAUGAUUCUGAUUCUCAUUUUCGCUGAAGUUUUGGGUCUUUACGGCUUGAUUGUCGCCCUUCUCAUGAACUCCAAGGCCACCCAAGAUGUUACCUGCUAA